AUGAUAACUCGAUUCCUGACGGACGUCCGCGUCAAAUUCAACCCCUUCUCACCCCGCUCAAAACCCGCGCGACUCUUCCUCUCCCUGAUACCACCAAAUGCGCGAGCGGAUGGGAUGAAGGUGGAGACACAGAUGCUGCCAAGAACGAGCAAAGAACCCUCAACAUUAGGCGUGAAGUUCAAGGACGGAAAGGAGAUGAACCUUGACCUAGAUAAGAUGCGCAUAACCGAAGUCAUGGAAGAGGUGGACCGACACUCGCGGUUGCUGGCCAGGAAGGAGGAACUGACGGGCAACUGA